CUGAAGAAGCAAGUUAGUUGAACUUCUGUUCCCUUGGCGCUCAAGUCACUUCAGUCGCACACUAUGAUAUGCGAAAAUCCGCGGGAUUGAGAGCGAGGUGGAAUUACAAAUUACUAGGUUUUCUCUCUGUCGCCGUUUUUCGAUUCAACAAUGGAGAAGCUCGGAUUUCCUAGCAUGAAGAGGUUGAACCAGUUGAAGUCAUCACUCUCUGGUUCGGCACAAGGAACUACGAAAACGUUCUCCUUCUCUUCGCGUUCCGUUCCGGACUCUGCCUCAUCGGGAAGUUUUGUCAAUUUGAAGAUUGCUGCAGAAAAAUUGAUGAAAGAACAAGCUUCUUUAAAGACUGAUCUGGAAAUGGCGAAUGGGAAAUUGAAGAAAUCGCUGGAGCACGCACGUGCUUUAGAGGAUAAACUGCAGAAUGCGUUGAAUGAAAAUUCAAAACUCCAGGUGAAGCAGAAGGAAGACGAGAAGUUGUGGAAGGGAUUGGAAUCAAAAUUCUCGUCGGCUAAGGCAUUGAGUGAUCAGCUCAAUGAAACAUUACAGCGUUUAGCCAGUCAGGUUCAGGAUGCUGAGAAAGACAAGGAGGUUUUAGAAGCCAAAUUAUCUGCAAGUUCUACGGCUAUUGAUGGGUUAAACCAACAAAUGCAGGAGUUAUCCAUAAAAGUAGAGUCCGUAGAAGAAACAAUAAGAAACCGUGAAAAGGAGCUGGCGGAGCUCAAAAUUGAGAAAGAGGAUAAUUGUAAAUUGUACAGAGAAGAACAGCAGAGGACUGCAAAUCUGAUUGAGGAAAAAGACUCUAUGACCAAGAGACUAGAAGAAACAGUCCUGGAGAACAGGUUGAUCAUAGAUGGAUUGAACUCUAAACUGGCAGAGGCACAAUUAGAGUUGAACUUGAAAGAAGACAAAAUUACUAGUUUGAUAGCCUCAUGUGAUGACUUGCAGAAGGAAAAGAGUGAUCUGGAAAUGCAUAACGACGAGGUUCAUAAGAAAUUAAAUAUGUCACUCUUGGAGACCAAAAACCUUGAAAAUCUUGUCCGUUUAUUUUCUGAGCAGCUGGUUGAAUUGGAUCGUCAUAACUCAACUUUUUUAGAGAAAUUUAAUCAGCUAAGCCUUCUAAAUGACUCUUGCUUCAAGCUGGCCAAAUUGGAGAGGGAUGUUGCUUCAGAGCUCGCCCAAAAGCAAUACAACAAGCUUCAUGAAAAAUUGACUUGUAUAACAUCAGAAAACAAUGCAUUCAAGUUGAUGACGGUGGAAUCACAGCAAAAGGUAGAUGAACUUCAGAAAGUCCAAGAAUCGCUCAUGGCACAGCAUUCAGAAGAAUCUCGUUUAGCAGGAGAGAAAGUUCAAAAGUUGGAGUCUGAAGUAGAAACUCUUGUUUCAGAAAAGAUCCGGACUGAAAGAUUAAUUUCCAAGUUAGAGGAGAAAAUUGAUACUUUAUCAGAAAGUUCAAGACUAUCUGACAGUAAAAUGCAAAAUUUGUCGCAGAAGAUUUCCGAACUAGAAAUCGAGAAUCAGUGUAACAUAGAAAAGUUGGAGAAAGAGUUACAUGAAAAAGCAGAAGAGAUAGGUACUUUGAUGAAGGAGAGCGAGAAUCAUAAGAAACAUGCAGAUAUGCUCGAGUUAGAGGGUGAUCAACUUCGCAAUAUUCUGAAAGAAAAGGAAGAAUUUAUUCUUUUGUCUAAGGAGUGUGAGAAGACGCUAGGAGACAAAAUUAAAGAGAAUCAAGCUCUAUUGGUUGCUGCUGAAAUGAAGCUUUCUGAUGCUAAAAGACAGCACGAUACUAUGCUGGAGAGUAAACAGAUGGAAUUAUCAAGGCAUUUGAAAGAAAUAUCCCAUAGAAACGAUCAGGCUAUCAAUGACAUCCGGAAUAAGUAUGAACUGGAGAAAUUGGAGAUUGUCAGCAAGGAAAAAGAAAAGGCAGAUCAAAUUGUACAAGAGAUGGAACGAAAUUGUGAACAACGACUAGAAGAAAUGAAAGAAGAAUCUAGGCAAUGCCUGAUUCGCAUUCGGGAAGAACAUGCUGCUCUGUUGAGUCGAAUUCAGCUAGAGCAUGCUAGAAAUGAAGAAAUUCGUAAAGCUGACCACAAUGAAGAGUUAAAACAUGCUCAACUUCAAGCUGAGAACGACUUGAAAGAGAAAUUGACGUCACUGAGAAGUGAACAUGAGGCUCAGAUGAAAGCUUUGAGAUGUCAAAACGAAGAUGAAUGUAGGAAGCUUCAAGAGGAAUUGGAUCUCCAAAAAACCAAAGAAGACAGGCAGAGAACUUUGUUGCAAUUGCAAUGGAAAGUGAUGGGUGACAAGCUACAAGAAGACCAAGAAGUGAAUUCAAAGAAGGACUACUCCAUGUCAUCAAUCAAGAUGAGAGGUUCUGGUGGUUCCAGAAAAAGCAAACAUACUCUGAUUAGAACAGCAAAUGCAGAGGAAUCACCUUACCUGCAAGCAACUCAAACACCAGUAUCACAGUUGUUGAAGACCGUAGAGGACAUAAACGCAGGAAGUGUUGCAAAUAUCCCUAAGCACCAUAAGAAGGUUACUUGCCAUGAAUAUGAAGUUGAAACUACAAAUGGAAGGACGAUCACAAAAAAAAGAAAAACCAAAAGUACAGUUCUGUUUGAGGACCCGAGAAAACAUAAUAAAACUCCAAGAAGAAAUACUCCCAGAGGUCCUGUUGUUAAGAAAAUCAAGGGUGGAGGUGAAUCCCGUCCUUCAAACAUUGGUGAUUUGUUUUCCGAAGGGUCCUUGAAUCCCUAUGCAGAUGAUCCUUAUGCAUUUGAUUAAAGGUACUGCAUCCAUUGAAAUUGAACUUAUAACUCGGAUGACCGUGGGAAUUGAACAGGGAGCUGAGAAGGUGAGCCUUCAUUGUUUUUCUCACAAUCGACUGGCUCUAUUACUCGAUAAGCCAAAGAUGUGAGAUGGCUUUACGCGUCUAUAUUUUUGAAAGGCAAGUUUCAUUUUCUCAAUGCUGCCUGCUUAUUUGAUUGAACUGUUCUCUGUCUGCUAAUACAAUAACCAUAUGUUUUCUUCCAAUUUGAAAUGUGUAGUUCACCGUGGAUGUUUACAGGACUGAAAUGCAGCAUAUUGAGCUGUGUUAAAAUCGGGUGUGGACUUUGAAUGUUUCUCAUCUCAGGAAACAAUCCUCUGUUGAUAGUUCACUGGUCCCUUAAUCUUACUGUGAUUCAUAUACUUUAAUUGCAUGGAUUUCCAUUCAACUAUGGAAUAACUGUUUGGUUACGAACGGAUUAGGACAUGUAGAAAAUAAUCCAUACAAACGACAUAACUGAACAUACUCGGAUGUUAUAGUAAUCAAUGUCUUUCUACUUCA